AUGUCAAGUCAAGGCGGUGGUUCGACACAUGACUUGAUUGUCGAGUCAUGGAUUAUGUACGGCGUGGGAAUCUUGUUCUUUAUUGUGCGACUUUAUGCUCGAUACAAGCGUCUGAAGUUCCACUUUCAGGUGGAGGACUAUUUGAUGUUUUUGGCAAUCAUCUUCUAUACUGCAUUUGUAGUCACGAAUAUCGAGAUCACCAAAUACGGAAGCACCUUGUACGAACCAGGCCAAUUUGAGACAUUCACUGCCCAUGACAUCCAAGAACGAGUCUUGGGAUCGAAGAUCGAAUUUGCUUCGGAGCAUUGCCAAGUAUGCACGGUCUAUUGUCUGAAGGCCUGCAUGCUAUUGGUAUAUUUUCGAAUUACAUCGAACCUCAAGCAACAUCACUGGGUCAAGGCAUGCGCCCUAUAUACCGCCCUUGGAUGGCUGGCCACCGAAUUGACCUUGUUCUUGAACUGCCACCCCGUAUCCGGAUACUGGACACUGCCGCCGCCUCAGCGCGAAUGCGCUACUUAUUUCAACUUCGAGAUUGUACAGGCAGUCUUCAACAUCAGCUCGGAUAUUGCGAUUCUGUUUGUGGUGCUGCCCAUCCUGUUUCGAGCGCGUAUACCGUGGCGGACUAAGCUUCCGAUUGUGGUGGUAUUCUCAAUGGGUAUUGUGGUAAUUCUCUGUGCCAUCAUUUCCAAAAUAUUCACCUUCCGCAACAUUUGGGACACGAGUUACCAAUUCUGGUAUCUUCGUGAAGCCUCCAUCGGCGUCUGGGUAACCAAUGCCCCCUUCGUAUGGUCCUUGGCCCGCUCAACCCUCAACUUCCUGAAGUCAACAUCGAACCCAACGAAAGCCACACCCCAGUACGGCUCAAGUGCACCUGGGGCAUCUGUCAGUCGGGCCCGGCCAGGAGCAGUAACUCGAACAUCUCGCGCACUAAGCAGAAUCUAUGACAUGGAACCUAUCAGUGGAAGUGAAGAGGGUAUAAUUGAGAUGGAGGAUGGGAAUAGAGCCGCACAUACACCAGCCGCGUCGAUCGACGACAGCAUGCCCUCAGCCUUAGAAUGGGGUCAACCGUCCCACCAGGAGCAGGAAGGCCAUAUUUGGAAAACGACCGAGAUUACUAUCCAGAAGAGCUAG